CUCGUGAAACCGACCGUGGAUUUCUCCGCGUUGGCCCCAGCUGCAAGGUCGCAUUUGAAUCAUCAGGAUGACGUGCAGGGUGCCCUGACUCAGUUGGAGUCAGCUGCGUUCGUUUUCGAGGGCGGCGAGAACUCGAGGACGCAGUUUCGUCUUCGUGGGCACCGCCUUGCAACUGCGAUCUGCUUUCUCGUGCACGAGUGCUCGACGGACUUCGACGUCUCGGGCUUUUCCGUAUCGGACGACGUGGUGGAGAAGAUGGAGGAGCUCAAGGACGAGGGGGGCGCGUUCUCGAGCUGGUUGACUUCGCCUCUCGAGAGCCCCCCUGGGGCUUCGGCGAACUGGGGUGCCCAGAUCGACAUGGGCCUCGAGGGCGGCCGCUUGGCCAGGGUCGCGACCGAGCUCCAGGGCAAGGUGAUGCAGGCCAUGGGCAAAGCCGCGCAGUCUCUGGCGGGCGAGAUCAAGGACCUGGCCCCGUCGAAGAUCAGGCUUGCCCACCCGCGCAUCUUCGCCGACAAG